AUGGCGGCCGCCUCCUCCUCCUCCUCCUCCUCCGCCUCCGCCGCCGCCGCCGCCGCCGCCGCUUCCUGGCGCUCCCCACGCUCCUGGUCGGCGAUCCCUCCGGCGUGCCGCUCGCCGAGCCCCACCGGCGUCUCCUUCCCUCUGACCUCCCCCUCCCCCUCGGGAUUGGGGCUCAGGGUCUCCCGCGCUCCUCCCUCCCCGUCGUCUCGCUUCCCCGUCCCACUCUCCUCCGCGCGCCAGCUCAAGGCUGCAGUCGUUACGAAAGAUUCGUGGCAUGAGUUGAUUGUAAACAGUGAAGUUCCCGUACUGGUUGAAUUCUAUGCUAGUUGGUGCGGACCAUGCAGGAUGGUCCACCGGAUCAUAGACGAGAUUGCAGAAGAGUAUGCUGGGAAGAUUAGAUGUUUUUUACUCAACACCGACAAUGACCUGGAUAUUGCUGAAGACUAUGAUAUUAAAGCUGUUCCGGUGGUCUUGCUUUUUAAGAACGGACAGAAGCGUGAAUCUGUUGUUGGUACCAUGCCAAAGGAUUUCUAUGUUGCUGCAAUACAGAGGGUAAUGGACUCCUAAGAACGUCUGUGGACAAAAUUAGUUGGAGGAUGAUCUAUUUGACCGUCAUCCCUCGCAAUAUGAUAAAGUUCUGCUCACCUUCAGCAUGAAGUGCAUGAUGUUUUAGACUGUACAUCCUUCAGAUGUUGUAACCACCAAAAACCUCAACCUCCUAGUUUGGGGGACAGUAGUUCUCUAUCUCGGGCUUUCCUGGCUUUGGGGAACGGUUUGAAUUCUCUUCUAUGAACAGCAGUAGUAUUUUCACAUAGAAAAGUGGUUUUCUCUUGUCAGAUUCAA